GGUCGACUUCACAUAACUAGAAUCAUCAGCCGGAGUUCAAGAUGGCGAUCAGCGAGCAGCUAAUAUCGCAACUAAUCGAUCAUUAAUAUAACUAAUCUAAGUCUUUAUACUAUAAUAAGCUGUACGCGUUAUGUCAGUAUUUCACGUCAGGUUCUUAUGUCGUCCUAAAGCAGUGGAUGUCUGACACUAGUGUGUAGAGAGAGACUGUGUGUGUUGCUUUUUAGCUUACGCCAAAUAGAAAUAGUUGCUGUGAUCAGCUUUAUGAAACAGUCUGGAAUGAUUGGGAAGUUUUCACUAGUUUGGAGGUCAACAUGUCGCUAAGAGAGUUGAAAGUAUGCCUUCUUGGGGAUACAGGGGUUGGAAAGUCAAGUAUCGUGUGGAGGUUUGUGGAGGAUAGUUUUGAUCCCAAUAUUAAUCCCACAAUUGGAGCAUCGUUUAUGACAAAGACUGUGCAGUACCAAAAUGAGCUUCACAAAUUCCUCAUCUGGGACACAGCAGGACAAGAAAGGUUUCGGGCCCUGGCUCCCAUGUACUACAGAGGCUCUGCUGCGGCUAUCAUUGUGUAUGACAUCACUAAAGAGGAAUCAUUCCAGACACUAAAGAACUGGGUGAAGGAGCUUCGCCAGCACGGACCACCCAACAUAGUGGUGGCUAUCGCUGGCAACAAAUGCGAUCUCUCCGAUGCCAGAGAGGUGUCAGAGAAGGACGCCAAGGACUAUGCUGAUUCCAUUCAUGCCAUAUUUGUUGAAACCAGUGCCAAAAAUGCCAUUAACAUCAAUGAGGUCUUCAUUCAGAUAAGUCAAAGGAUCCCAGUUUUAAACACGGAUGGCGGGUCUGCAGUCAAGGGCUUCAAACUUCGUCGCCAACCAUCAGAGUCGACCAGGGAGCGCACUUGCUGUUGACACAGUAGUAAACAAUUUGGCCAGAUCCUUGUUUUAUUUUCAAUUAGUAACCAAGGAUAAUAGCAGAUGAAGAAUGUGAUGUCAUAGGGGGAGUUACAGAACUUCCUUCUGGAGCCAAAAAAAGAUGUUCAGUUAAAAAUGAGAUGUAUAGUUUGAACUUCUAUGCACUUCCUUGAGAAAAGAUAAAAAUGCCCCAUAUAUAGUCGUUGUACCUUAUCUUGCCUGUUCUUCAGCCCUGUUCAAAUGUCUUUGGGGAUCCAUUUCUGUUCUAGAUCACUACCUAGAAUCAGACAGCAAUGAAAACACCUGCUUAACAGAUCAGAUACUGUCCUGUCCUGUUCUCUUUCGCUCUCUCUUUCAUUCUCGUCUCUGUGCAAAAACCUCUGCAAAACUCAGUGAAGUUUCCUAGUGAAGCCGUUGUCUGUCCGUCUGUACAUUAAGAUUUUCAGCACUCCAAAUGCAAGCAACACAGCAUUCUUGUCUCACUAUUUUUGCACAUUUUUGAUGUAUAUGAUAAAAAAACAGUGCUAAAAAAUAUGAAUGGGUGAAUCUCAUAAAAGCUGUCAUAUUCAUGUCUCAUUUGAGUCAAAUCAAGUGAAAAAAAUAUGAAAUUAUAUUUUGCAUAAAGUGAAGGUAAAGUCCAUUUUUAGGACUAUUACGAUGUUUUUUCAUUGUGUAACAGUAAUUCAUAUCGCUGUAUUACAUUAACCAUAAAUAUAGUAUGUAAAAGUGCUUAAUUGUUCUGAAAAUAAUGGAAAAAUGGAAAAAUAUUAAUGCUCCUAAAAGUAGACCUCAUUAUCUCUUAUUUUUUCUUGUGAUUUUGAGGUUAAAAUUACAUGGUCAUGUUUUGUGAGAUUUACCCAAACACAAAUUUACUAUUAUAAAUAUUAAGAUAUGUUUGUUAUUUCUGUUGCACAGGACCAGACAUGAGGCUGUGUGCACUUCUGUCUUUCCUAUAUUUUAUAUAUGAAAAAGUAAAACUAAAAUCAGUGGUAGUACUAAAAGUAUAGAUAAAGAUUUCUCUGGGAUUUAGGUAUUAAGCAUUAGCAAGAGAUGUCCAAGUUAUAUUUGAAGUUGUAUAUGAAGAAUGUGCCAAAUCUUUUUGUGACAUACUAGGAGUUGGAUCUUGUAGUAGAUGUUCAAUAGGUCAGUAAUGAUGAUGAUGAUGGCAGCAUGUGUGAGUUCAACAAAACCUUCUGCAUAUUUAAUCAGUUCGCAAGUGGAGAUAACCGUAGUGACACAGUCUUUGCUCCAAUUAGCUACAUUCUGGGUUGCCAGAUUCUUAGCUACAGAUCCAGCCAGUUCUUGGAUUAACAAGCAGUUAAAAUGGACAUUUAUGUUUGCUGGUAAAUGUCUGACCGUUGUUACCGCUUACAGUGCAUAAUUGUAGCGUUAGAGAAGUUCAGCCCUCACACUUUGAGAUAAAGUUGGCCAGUCUUCUAGAAUGUUGACAAGAAUAACAGUUUCAAAGUGUUAGAUUUGAUAACUUUUCCAACUGUUCACAUGUUUUCCAUAUCAGAAAUUUAUUGUUAGUGGGAAGGAGCCAAAUGCUGGAAUUCUGUCCAUGAAGUGGUGCGAUUUAGACUUUUGUCCAGGACUUUGUGAAGUGUGCAUUAUGCCUGAAUACUUUGUGAAAUUGCAUUUUAACCAUUUGUGUUAGUUGGCAGUUGAUCUCGUCAGAUCCCUUGCGGUUCCGUUUUAUGGCAUUUUUUACUGGAUUGAGUGAUUUUGUGAGGUCUUGCCAAAUGCCCUAAUUGUCUCAUAACAUUUUUCAUCUUUCUCGUUCUUAUACUAAAAAACAUUUGGCCUGCACACCCAACAUGUUUUUUACUAUCUGGACAGGGAGAAAAAAGGAGCGUAUCUGGAAACUAUAGUCUUAGUUCAGAUGUUUAAGAACAAGACAAAAAAAAAAAAAGUAGUUCUGCUACACCAAAUAUUUUGCUUUGAAUUGUCCCCAAAUGAAAUGGUUCUUUUUUUUUGCUGUCACUCAAUUUUUGAGCCUAAAUGUUUUCUUAAAAGCUCUACUUUCAGUUUUGUUGAAGAAAUGCACUUAAUUUGACAGAAUAAGUCUUAAGAAUUUUUGACAAUCUGAGAAAUUUACAUUUAAAAGAAUUGGAUUAACGUACACACUAUUCAUUCAAGACCAUUAUGUGGUUGGGUGGCUCUUUUUCUAUACAUCAUGCAGAAUUUACAUUGAGGUUUAUUCAACCAAAAUUGAACAUUAUCUUUUACAAUUCUGUCAUAUAUGUGAAUAUAGAAUAAAUAUGUUAUGAUUCCUUAACUGCAUAUCCACAGUGACAAAGUUUUAGGGAUAAAAUGUGGUUAAAAUGUGUUCAUCUCCAUGCAAAUCAGUAUAACACGUGACACCAUCUCUGUUAUUUUUAGAAGUUGUGGUCUUAUGAUGGUACUUUAAAAGUUUGUCAUGAAUAUUACUACGUUUGGUUUGGACACAUUAUAAUGGCAGAAAGGGGUCAUAGAAUGUGUUUAGUGACUCAGAAUGAAUAUUAUGGGCAUUGUCAAAGUCUUGAGUUUCAUUUGCCGUCCUUUAUCCUGUAAUUUUUAUAUGCAGUGAUGCCAGUGCACCAUGAUGUUGUCAGGAAUUCACAAGUGCAAUAAUAAUACUUUUCCCCUCAAAAUGUGUGCUGUCAGGAAUAAUAGCAGAGAGAUUAAUAGACUUAUUACAAUAAUUGUAGUUAAUCCGUGAAUUUUAGCACAACAAUAUUUUCCUUUAGAAGACAGUGCUUGUUAAAUGGAAAAAGGGAUUACUUGGAACAAUACUUAGGGGAAAAAUCACGCUUCUUCAGAAUUGCAAUGUGUGUUUUGCCCUAGUUCAAAUAACUUGAAAAAAUGCAGUCCAAAGCCGUUACUAUUGAUGUUUACACAGAGAAAAACAUUCAAAUUGAUUCUUCCAAUGACUAUAAUUUACAUUACUGCUAAGUAAAAGUAUCUUUCACUCAAAACCAGAAUCUUAAACUUUUUUAUUUUCUUUCUGUCAUGUCAAACUAUUUGGAAAAGGAAACAGCUCAUCUAAUGUCAUAUGUUAUCAAACUCACUGAAGUGUCUUUACAAUGUAUAGAAAUGCAUUACUAGCUUUAAAUGUUGUAGAGUAGGGGUUUUUUUUUGGUUUGGUUUUUUUUUUUUUUGUCUUGUACAAAGCCUAUGAUCCACAGCGAGACCAAACGUCCCAUUUAGUCCAGUUGAAGUUCUUCUUAGCCAAUUGAAAAGGACUUGCUGAAUUGCUUGUCCUCUUGCUAGGGAGCACAGGCUUUGCAUUACUGAUUUUGAAUGGAACAACAUGCUGCACUUGAGUCAGACCGUAUAAUAUGCUGUUUGGUGUGGUUUGCAGUGGUGUUUAGGUUGAAGAACAAUGGCAACAGUCUUGGGCUGGCCCUAAGAAAGUUGUGAAAUUCUGCUUAUGUACUUUACGUCCUUGUAUAUUUCCACACAUUGAAUGAAUUGUGUAAAUUAAUUGACGUAGUCUUUCAGGCAAUGUCAUACUUUACCACUACUUACCAUUGUAAUUCAGUAUAUACAAAAGUAAUUUAGUUGUGUUUUUGCCAUUUAGCUUUUCUCUUUUAUUAUUUUGUCUUGCAAAGAAGCCUUGAAAAUAACAUUUUAUUUGUUCAGUUGUGAAUGUGCAAAAGGGAAAUGUUGAGCUCUUUAUUAGUAAUAAAAGUAUACAAAAUCAA